GCUGUACAAGGAAAUUAAAUUCAUUUACUCUUUUGUGAAAUUUUUAUUGGACUCUGGUGUCUGCAGCUGCUAUGUCUAUGAUUGUGGAUUUAUACUGAGACAUAAUUUCUAAAAGUGGGGUGAAUCUGUGUGUGCAGGGCAACGAUAUCAGCCACAGAGGGCAACAAUUAAGAAUUCCUAGCAUCAUGACCAAGUGUUCACAGCUGCCACAGAGCACCUUGAAAAUGACCAGGAAGAUCUUCACCAACACCAGGGAGCGAUGGAGGCAGCAAAAUGUCAACAGCGCCUUUGCCAAGCUGAGGAAACUUAUUCCCACCCAUCCACCAGACAAAAAACUGAGCAAGAAUGAGACACUACGGCUAGCUAUGAGAUACAUCAACUUCCUUGUCAAGGUGCUGGGAGAGCCAGGCCUGCAGCAGACAGCAGUGGCAGCACGAGGCAGCAUCCUGGGAUUCUUCCAGCAAGCCCCAUGCUUGCAGAGUAUGGAGGAGCUAACUCUCAUUGAAAGCUGUGGUGCCUCUUCUCCUAGCAUGAGCAGCAACAUUGCAGAAUGCUGGUCAGAGACUUCAUCUCCUUAGCAGAGAACGAGAGACGCUGUCUUGGUGUUAGUCUGAUAGUCACUAUCUUUGUGGGUUGCCUGUCUAUGUACAAUGAUGAUUUAUUUGUAUUUAUUACUGCUUUAUUUAAGUUUCCAUUUAAUGGCAAAGGAAUUCCUUGGUCAGCUAGCAAUUGAAAGAGCAAUUGAAAGAGGUCAUGCU